GUGCCACGAUGAACAAGUUUAUAAAGAGGGGAAAGUUCUAGCUAGCCAUGUCCACGUUUGCUCUCAGUUAGAUACACAUGAACGCGUCACGACCACUUAUCUAGUUAUCUCCCGGCAGUACGUGCGAGAAAUUCUGCUUAGAAGGUACUCCGUAGGCAGCAGCUAGCCGACAGCCAUGGCAACAGGCAGCUCUGCCGCCGCUGCCGCCGCAAGGAAGUUGGAGGGCAAGGUGGCUCUGAUCACCGGCGGCGCCAGCGGCAUCGGCGCGUGCACGGCGCGUCUGUUCGUGCGGCACGGGGCCAGCGUCGUGGUCGCCGACGUCCAGGACGAGGCCGGCGCGCUCCUCUGCGCGGACCUCGGCGCCCAAGGGGCCUCCUCCAUCUGCUACGUCCGUUGCGACGUGACCGUGGAGCCGGACGUGGCGGCGGCCGUGGACCACGCCGUGGCCAGGUUCGGGAAGCUAGACAUCAUGUUCAACAACGCCGGAAUCGGGGGCGACGGCUGCCACAGCGUCCGGGACAGCACCAAGGAGGACUUCGAGCGGGUCCUGGCCGUGAACCUGGUGGGCCCGUUCCUGGGCACCAAGCACGCGGCCCGCGUCAUGGGCCGGGGCGGGUCCAUCUUCCAGACGUCGAGCCUGUCGUCCGUGCGGAGCGGCAUGGCGUCGGCGGCCUACACGUGCGCGAAGCGCGGGCUGGUGGGCCUGGCGGAGAACGCGGCGGCGGAGCUGGGCCGGCACGGGAUCCGCGUCAACUGCGUGUCUCCCGCGGGCGUCGCCACUCCGCUGGCCCUCGGUUACCUCGGGCUGGACGGGAAGGAGUUUGAGAUGCAGAUGGAGGCCAUCGCGAACCUCAAGGGCGUGGGAGGAGGACUGCGGGCGGAGGACAUCGCUGCCGCUGUACUAUUCCUCGCUAGCGAUGACGCGCGGUACGUCAGCGGACAUAACCUUGUCGUCGAUGGCGGCAUCUCCGUCGCGUCCCCGUCCUUGGGCACCCCCACGGACUGAUGAGCGCGCGGCAAAGCACGGAUGUCAUAGACUGGAUCUCCGACUAAAAUACUCUGUUUGAAUAAAUCAUAAAGGGGAUGUAGCUCAAAUGGUAGAGCGCUCGCUUUGCAUGCGAGAGGCACGGGGUUCGAUCCCCCGCAUCUCCAUUUAUUUUUACAUUUAAACAUCAACUAUAACUCUUCGUGAUUGUUUACACCCCACAAUGGUGAAGACGAAUUUUCCAAGCUGUGAGCAACUCUU